AUGGAAAGAGGAUGGAAACCCAACGUCGAGAUAUCACCAGCAUGUCCUAGAUGUGGUUCCUCCAAUACCAAAUUUUGUUACUACAACAAUUAUAGCUUGACUCAGCCGAGGUACUUUUGCAAAGGGUGCAGAAGGUAUUGGACUAAAGGGGGUUCCCUCCGAAAUGUACCCGUUGGGGGCGGCUGUCGAAAGGGCAGAAGGCGUAAUAAUAGAACGUUUCGCGAUGGUGCUACUACUAUUGGUAUCCCUCUGAGAGCGGCUGUUGCCGGUGAUGGGGCGGUGGUUUCUUUAGGCCACAUCAAUGGGACGACGACUAAUCCAUUAAUAUUGUCCGAGUCGUCCACCUCCUCGAUGCAUGGCUGCACAUUCGCGAGAGCUCGGGAGGAGGGCUCAACCGAUAUUGAUCUUGCAUUAGUGUAUGCAAAUUUCUUGAAUCAGAAGUCAGCUGGGGCGGGCGCCCAUGAGGUUGAUGAUCAGAUUCAUGAGGGUGCUGCAGCUGAACCUCAUGAUCGUCAUAGGCUAGAAAUUCCCAUUUUAAUGCCUCCUAAUAAUAUUGCUGCUGUUGGUGUUGGUGGUGGUUCGUCGUUUCAUCAGUUUUCGAGUGUUGAGAGCUUACAGAUGAUGGACUUGAUGACUAAUAAUAAUCAAUUGUCUCAAGAACCUUUUGCUGAACGUGGGUCUGUUUCUGAUCGGUCAUCAGAUAAUCAUUUCGGUGCUGGCGAUGCAUUUUACUUUUCUGGGCUUGAUUCAAUCGAGAGGCAGCAGGUGGCCACGGAUUAUGAUCAUUUAACGAGCUGCGCAACGACUGAUACUAGUAAUGCUUUGAAUCAGAUAAACAACUACAUGUUGCCACCAUUGCCGGGUGAAGAAUUAAGUACAGCUCAUUCUGAAGGAAUGGUAUGGUCAGGUUGCUGUGAUCAGGAAUUGUUGUUUCCCAGCCAUAAGUUCCAUGGAAAUCAAUCUUCAUCAGGGCUAGUAGAAUCCCAUGUCGUACAAGAUCGUUCAAAUGAUCAAUUGGAUGAAAGUCGAAGCCCGUUUAACUUGUCAAUCGAAUUGUGCAAUAUUUUCAGGCCUUGA